AUGGCCGACCUUCCCCAGACGAUGCGAUCCCUUGCGGCGCGGAAGCACUGCGCGCCUGCGGAGUGGGAAGUGGCCGUGUUUCCGCUUCCCACGAUAUCGGACCCGACGGAUAUGAUCGUCCGCGUUCACGCCGGGGCCGUCAUGAAAGGUGACUGCCAGAGAAUCGGCGGUUCAAAUCUUGUUUCAAUACCUGGCAAAACAGGUCCUGAUAUCCGCCAUUUACGUAGGUUCCCGCUCAAGGUCGGAUCCGAGGGGGCCGGAAUCGUCGUGGCUAUCGGUUCCGAGGUCAAACGUUUCAAGGUCGGCGAUGCAGUGUACGGGCUGAAUAUCGCCCGGCCGAUCUUCAGCGGGCCCGAUCCGGGGUUCUGCUCCGAGUACGCCAUUGUUCAGGAGAGGAUGAUGCUCCCGAAGCCGGCGCAGAUGAGUUUCGAAGAGGCCGCCUCCCUCGCGGGAUACACCGUCACCGCAUACCAGUGCAUCAAGCAAGGCCUGGCACUAGCCGGCGAGGAGAGCCUCGAGGGGAAGACCGUCUACAUCCCUGGGGCAUUGAGCGGAGGCGGCUCUAGUACCAUUCAGGUCGCCAAAAACGUCUUUGGCGCCGCGAAGAUCAUCUCAACCGUUUCGACUCCGAAGCUGGGUCUUGUCGAGCAGUACCUGCCCGGCCUCGUGGAUCAACUCGUCGACUACACGACAACGGAGAUCGGGGAUGUCGUUCCCAAAGGAAGUGUGGACUUCAUGGUCAAUACUCAGAUGUCUACAUUGAGCUCUGGCAUCCCGCUCCUGAGACCGCAGACUGGGGUUGUCGUAUCCAUCGCGUCCAUCCCCCCGUCAUCCGUAUUCAAAGAAAUGGUCGGACCGGGCGUGGUCCCGUUCUGGCUCUGUUGGCUGUUGGACCUGACUCAGCUGUGGUACAAGUGGAAGCUACGCGGGACCAACAUUCAGCAUCAGUUCGUGUCAGGGGACUCGGAGAAACGGGAGGACAAUGAGAAGGCCGGAGAGUUCAUCGCCACUGGCAAGGUCAAGGGAGUGUUCCGGGUGACGAACCUGUCCGACAUCGAGGCGGUCAGGGAAGAAUGCGGGAAGGUGAAUACUGGCAAAGGGGGGCUUGGCCGAUGCGUUGUGAGAAUCAAGGAGUGA